AGGGGCCCUCGCGGCCCGGCGCGGUCCGUGCGCUCCCCGCCAUGCCCGGCCGCCCCGACGACUACGAGGUGCUGCUCACCAUCGGCGCCGGCUCCUACGGGAAGUGCCGCAAGGUGCGCCGCAAGGCCGACGGCAAGAUCUUGGUAUGGAAGGAGCUGGACUACGGUGCGAUGACGGAGUCGGAGAAGCAGAUGCUGGUGUCGGAGGUGAACCUGCUGCGGGAGCUGCGGCACCCGAACAUAGUGCGCUACUACGAUCGCAUCAUCGACAGGAGCAGCACCACCCUGUACAUCGUCAUGGAGUACUGCGACGGGGGAGACCUGGCCAGCUUGAUCGCCAAGUGCGCCAAGGAAAGGCAUUUCUUGGAUGAAAGCUUUAUUCUCCGAGUGUUGACUCAGUUAACGUUGGCCUUGAAGGAGUGUCACAGACGGAGCGAUGGUGCAGUCACUGUGCACCGUGACCUGAAACCAGCAAAUGUCUUUCUAGAUGGCAAACAGAAUGUGAAACUUGGAGACUUUGGACUGGCUAGGAUAUUGCACCAUGACACCAGCUUUGCCACGACAUUUGUUGGCACUCCGUACUACAUGUCUCCAGAACAAAUGAACUACUUGUCAUACAAUGAAAAAUCUGACAUCUGGUCGCUAGGAUGUAUCGUGUAUGAAUUAUGCGCUCUCUCGCCUCCAUUUACUGCUCUUAACCAAAAGGAGCUGGCAGAAAAGAUAAGGGAAGGGAGGGUCAGGCGAAUACCAUAUCGUUACUCAGAUGAACUGAACGACCUUCUCAAGGAGAUGCUGAAUGUAAAGGAUUACUGCCGACCUUCUGUUGAAGACAUUCUGCGGCACCCCUUGAUAGAAGAUAUGGCGACAGAAGAACAGAAACAGAAUUCUGAUAGAAGAGGCUUGAGACUAUGGGAGCCAGAAAGGCUGCAUUUCUCAGAUGUUGUAGUAAAUGAGCUGAAACGAAAGGAGCAACAAUUACAGGAGCGAGAGCAAGCCAUUAAAGAGAGAGAACAACGUCUGGAGCAGAGAGAACGGGAGCUCAGUGUUCGCGAGAGACUGGCAGAGGACAAACUUGCUAGAGCUGAAAGCUUGCUGAAGAGGUGCAGUCUCCAGAGGCAGCAGCAGCAGGAGGUAACGUGCGCAGAAGGUCCAGAAGUGCCUAUCAGAGCAGAAAAGGACACAAGUAAAAUGCCCCUAGAAAAUAACGCACUCCUGCUUCCCCUUUCUACAACCAAGAAGAACUCACAGUCUGAUGGAACUGAAGAGAAAGCUGUACCUCAUAAUAUGGAAAACUAUUUCCUUUCCAAAGGGAAAAGCUCUGAUCUCAAAAGGCGUCUCUAUGCUGCAAAUCUACGGGCUCAAGCACUGGCUGAACUGGAAAAAAACUAUCAACUAAAGAGCAGACAAAUCUUGGGCAUGCGUUGAAACUGUAACAGAUGUAACAGAUAUUUAUCAUUGAAAGGAAGAUUAAAUGUAUAGGCAGAUACUUGUGCCUCCCUCUCUUAAGCUAGAACCUACUGAAAAAAUAUUUUAACAGUUUUACAAACUCUUCAUUUAUGACAGGUAGUUUAUGAUAAAUGCAUAAGAUGCUAUAUGAUGAAAAUAGGUACUUUUGAUACCAAAUAAAACAAACUGAAUUAAUUGUAUUAUUAAAGAAAAAUAUUUUGGUCCUCCUGUUUACCAUACUUUACCAUACUUUACUCUUCUGAAAAUAUAUAUAAAGACUGGAUAUAUAUAAAUUAUUUGUUUAAAAUCUGAUGUGAAAAAUUUUUCAGGUGAAAAAUGUACAGAGAUUUACAGUCUGUAGGUUAAAAUGUAUGUAAUGCACAGUUGUUGAUAAAGGAAGUGUUGAUAUUCUGUAUGUGUGGGAAAACAGUGCCUUCUUUUCUGCACUUUUAAAUAUUUUUUAACAAAAGAGCACGAAGAUUUUAUGCAUCUCUUCCCACUAAGUAAGUGCUCUAUCAAAGCAGGUUACUUUUAAUUUUAUGUUUUGACUAAAACAUAAAAGUGUGGGAUGGCUCAGAAUAACAUCUGAGUUUAUAUUCCUUUCUGCCUGAGCAGCUGAAUGCCUUGUCCAUCCUCCUACAUGGCCUGUGCCAGGACAGAGCAUUUGAAAUAACACCUUCUUUGCCUUGCCUUGAAACUGCUGUCCAGGAUGGGACACCAUCCAGAGUAUUAGCAUCUGGGUUUUGGGGCAGGGCAGUUGUCCUUUAAAUAGUAAAUCCUUAUUUUCUUGAAUAACUUGUGUAACAUUACUUGUGUAACCCAACAACAGAUCUGCUCUAGCAGAUUCUUAACAACCCAGCAGAACUUAACAUUUGCUUGCGGAGUGGUUGCUGUUUUCAACACAACCUUUGCUUAAAACAAUUAGACAUGACUAUUUUGUUUGCUAAUCUAAAACUACCAACAUUUUGGUGGUCAUUCCCUAGCAGUAGGUGUGGUAAGAAUGUGCCAUGUGGAUCAGUGCAGCUUUCCUCUGCAUUCUUUCAUAUUUCUGAAGCUUCUCACACAUAUGUGGAGGGUAAAUCCCUGCUUUGUCACCAUGUUUGCACACUCAGGUUUUUCUGUUCUGUGCCUGAAUCACUGCAUUGCAUUGCAAUGCAGUUCUGGCCUUCAUAUGGAUCUUUAUGGCUUAACCCAUAAAAUAUUAAUGGCUAAGAUACAGUGGUGUCAGUACAAUCGGAAAAAAUACAAAGGAUUCAAGAAUGUUUUGUCUAUAAAAUGCAGGUAUCAGUGAAAGGAGGAAAGCAGGUAGCCAAGAAAAUUAAUACUGAUUCAUGAAAGAUCAUUUUCAUAGGGUCCCAGAAUGGCUUGAGUUGGAAGGAACCUUACAGAUCAUCUGGUUCCAUCCUCUCUGCCAUGGACAGGGACACUUCACUAGACCAGGUUGCUCAGAACUCCAUUCAGCCUGGCCUUGAACGCUGCCAGGGACCAUCCAAGAAACAUCCAUAAUUUCUCUGGGCAAUCUGUUCCAGUGCUUCACCACUCUCACAGCAAAGAACUUCUUCCUAGAAUCUAGUCUAAACCUAUUGUCGCUUAAAAGCCAUUCCCCCUCGUCUUGUCAUAACACGCUCUUGUAAACAGACUGUCAUCUUUCUUGUAGGCUCUGUCCAGGUAUGGGAAGGCCACAGUUAGGUCACCCAAAGCCUUCUCCAGGCUGAACCAUCCAAAUACUCUUCAUCUUUUCUCAUAGGGGAGGUGCUCCAUCCCUCUAACCAUCUUGUGAAAGGGCUGGCAUUUACAAAUGCUUUGCCUGUAACACAACCAAGGUAAGAAAAUGGCUUGAGAGCAUUUUUUUUUCUCUUGGAACACACGUUUCUGUAUUUAAAAGUAA